UAUCCAAUCGCAGGAAGCUUCUUAGGCUUGCGGUCAGCCAGUGAAGGUCAUCUGCAGUUAUGCCCGUCUUCUUAUAGGGCAAGAAAUAUGGCCUUUACCUUCGGCACUAAUUUCAAACAGAAGUGCCAGGUACUGGUAGAUGAUUUGUACAAAACAUCCUUGUAUCAACCUUUGUAUUUUGAUGCAUUCGUGCAGUACGAAGUCGAACGACAGACGCUUCUAUACGCCGUGCCUCUCUUAAUCACCAACAUUCAGUCCUGGAAAGAUGAUUACAGCAAAAAAUAUGACGAUGUAUCAUCAUGGAUACUAACAAGAAGGUUUUUCAUGGUUGACAAUAUCAUUGGAAGGAUGGAAGACUCUAGUGACCAUCACGUAAUGUACGUACAAAGUCUGAAGAUCUUCACGUCACUGCAGAAGGACACGACGACGGGACUCAUAUAUCCUCCUUACAUCGAGCUCACCUACGCUUCCGUCAGCAAGAAGGAUUCCGGAAAAUCCGUAGAGGUCUUCUUCUCUAGCAUCUACAGCAUGGAUAUGACGAGACACGAGCGAGACAUGUGGAUAUCACUCGGCGUCAUGAUGGUCGUGGCGUUCAUCGCCACCAUCAUCGAUACCUGGUCCUGGUCAAAUAGAUCUGGCCAGGUCAGCAUCAACUGCCUCACGCUCGUCCAGUGCUUCUUCAUAAUGAGUGGUCAUCUGGCCAAUGCAAUCUUCAUCGUUCUCGUACCUUCUUCUGUCUGGAUCUUCAUCUUCUACAAGAACCAGAAGCAAGUGAGCAUCCUCCCACACGAUGGCCUGCACAACGAGCAGUUCCUCUCGUUUCUCAUCUGCGCAUGUCUCCUCAAACUCCUCCACGUCAUCCACCUCAUCUUCACGCAAGUCAACGUCGAUAUAUUUUUAGUGGACUGGGAAAAACCCACGAAAAUCGAAACCAACCAGCAGCAGCAGCGGCAGUUGCAGCAACAACAGCAACUGACACCAUCUGUCUGGAGGAUGUAUUUGGUUGCUAACGAGUGGAAUGAGAUCCAGACUUUCAGGAAAACCAACACCAUCGUUCAGUUCAUUCUCGUUGUCUUCUUCCUCGAGGUUGUGGGACUGGGCUACCUUUCUACCAUGGACCCAUUCAACAAGCUGAGAAACAGCAACUACAACAACAACGCCAACAACGACGACGCUGAAAACAUUUUCAUCGUGCAUAGCCAUCUCUUCAGAUUUGCCUGGAUCUGUAUCGUCUACCUUACUGUCGGAAUCUGCCAGAUAAUAUUCGUCUUGUUGAUCUACGAGCGAUUUUUCGAAGAUAAGAUCCGACAGUUCGUGGACCUCUGCUCCACCUGCAACAUCAGCAUGUUCAUCUUCUCGUCGGAUCUCUACGGAUACUACAUACACGGUCGGUCGGUUCACGGUCGGUCCGAUGUUGGCCUGAGGCAGAUGCAUGAGAAUUUUGCCAGGGAGGAGAAAGACAUAGUAAGCAAGAGAGGAUUGCUCCCGGAUGACGAGGAGCAGACAUUUGAAAUCAUCGUCUCCAACAAGUUAAGAAACAACAUCGACAGGAUAACCAAGCCUGUCUUAUAUUCUCAAAACAACAGAACGUCAGCGAUUGGAGGAAUAGAUAAAGAGAUUGAACAGUCAGUUGAGGCUCAUUACGUUAUGAACCAGACUCUGAUGGCAUACAUUGAUCAUACUCUCACAGAUGUGGAUUACAUAGUAAAAAAGAAAUCCUUACUCGAGGCAUUGCUAAACUUUGAAUUUCAGUUUCAAACAUUCUUAGGCACCUUUUAUAGAGAUAAUGGUCACUCAUUUGAUUGUGUGCUGUUCUACGGUCACGAGAUGACUUUGAUGAUGUUUGAGGUGCUACUGAUGACAUGCAUGGACCUUAUAUUCACCAACUAUGUCCUAGACGCUAUCAUCACUUACGUACUUAUGGAGAUCGUCCUCAGAAGUUUUAGAGACAGUUUUGGCCGGAGCAAUCUGGCUCGUAAGACUAUGGUGGACAAAAGAUUCUUAAUUUGA